AUGACGACUGUAAGCACCGUGACCACGACGAUCAUCCUCGAGGCAGACACCCUCGAAGCAGAGAAACCACAACCCGUCCCUCUCGAGACGGUGAAAUAUACCGAUCUCCUAGAGAAAGACGCCCUCGAAACCUCUAAACUCCUUCGAUCCUGCCAAAGCCCUGGAUUCUUCUACCUGGAUGUCUCUGGCGCCAAUUCCUACUUCAACGGUGACGCCUAUCUCGAUAAUAUCAGAUCGCUAUCUCACCAACAAGAAGAAUACUUCUCUCUACCAUUCCACGCCAAAAUGAAAGACUACCUCGAGUUUUCUGCCGAAAGAGGCUACCGGUACUCUCCAGACAGCGAGGCCUUCGACGUACCGUACAGUUCAUUCCACGAGGAAAAUAUACCAUCUUCGCUAGAUGCUUUGCCAAUAUAUUUUAUGAUGGCACAUACACAUGCAAUUGCGACCACACUCAUUCGCAGUCUAUCGCCCUUCAUCGGCAAUGAAGAUGGUCGGAAACGUAUAACAUCUAUGCACGACGAGAACGAUGUAUCGCGGUCCGGGCUGAGACUGGAGAAUUUCCAAGAUAUGGAGAAAGAAAAGCAGGACUAUUUGUAUUCCCCUGGAUGUACCGAUGGCGGGUCAAUCUCACUGCGUUAUUGCGAAGAAGCGAUGAUUGAGUAUUUGGAUGCUGAGACGGGAGGGUGGGCAUAUAUUGAGCCACGCAGGGAUUGUCUGGUUGUAAACGUGGGGGAUUUGUUGCGUGCAGCUAGUCAAGGCCAAUUUCAGGCACCAUUGCAUCGUGUGGGACACCCUGUGGCUGGAGUUCAAGAUCGUCGUUGUGUAACGUAUCAUUUAUGGCCUGCGGAUGGCCGGGGAUGGAGUGGAAGAUAA